CAUUAACUAGUCCAUGAGCUGACGGGAGUCUCCCCGUCAACUCUGGCCAGUCCCAGUGUCCCAGGCCGGGGUCUCCCCUCCCAGUGUGUGUUGGACGGGGGCGCUGAGGCGGUGGCUGGGCCCUGUCUGAGGAAGAGGGUGGGGCAUGGACCAACGCCGACCAAUAAGAGAGAAGGAAGUUACGAUUGGCGGCGACGAGCACUAAUGGGAGGUCAUCUUUACCUUGCGGAGUGCCGCCCCUCUUCUUCCUCCCGCCUCCUUCCUUUGGGGGGAAGGCGGGGCCAGAGGCCUGAAGUGUGGGGAGAACUUGGGCUCCGCUCUGCUAUAUGAAAUAUGGGAGACGACAGACCGUUUGUGUGCAAUGCCCCAGGCUGUGGACAGAGAUUUACAAACGAGGACCACCUGGCAGUUCAUAAACACAAGCAUGAGAUGACAUUGAAAUUUGGCCCAGCCCGAACUGACUCAGUCAUCAUUGCAGAUCAGACUCCUACUCCGACUAGAUUCCUGAAGAACUGUGAAGAGGUGGGGCUCUUCAAUGAACUAGCUAGCUCCUUUGAACAUGAAUUCAAGAAAGCUGCAGAUGAGGAUGAAAAAAAGGCUGCUUCUGGGCCCCUUGACAUGUCUCUGCCUUCUACACCAGACAUCAAAAUCAAAGAAGAAGAGCCAGUGGAGGUAGACUCAUCCCCACCUGACAGUCCUGCCUCUAGCCCCUGCUCCCCACCACUCAAGGAGAAGGAUGUUGCCCCAAAGCCUGUUGUGAUCUCUACGCCCACACCUACCAUUGUACGCCCUGGCUCCCUGCCUCUCCACUUGGGCUAUGAUCCACUUCACCCAACCCUUCCUUCCCCAACCUCCGUCAUCACACAGGCUCCACCAUCCAACAGGCAACUGGGGUCUCCCACUGGCUCCCUCCCUCUCGUCAUGCAUCUUGCUAAUGGACAGACCAUGCCUGUGCUGCCAGGGCCUCCGGUACAGAUGCCUUCUGUUAUAUCGCUGGCCAGACCUGUGUCUAUGGUGCCCAACAUUCCUGGUAUCCCUGGCCCACCAGUUAACAGCAGUGGUUCCAUUUCUCCCUCUGGCCACCCUAUGCCAUCAGAAGCCAAGAUGAGACUAAAAGCUACCCUAACCCACCAAGUCUCCUCAAUCAAUGGUGGCUGUGGAAUGGUGGUGGGGACUGCCAGCACCAUGGUGACAGCCCGUCCAGAGCAAAGCCAGAUCCUCAUCCAGCACCCUGACGCCCCAUCCCCUGCCCAGCCACAGGUCUCACCAGCCCAACCCACUCCUAGUACCGGAGGGCGACGUCGGCGCACGGUGGAUGAAGAUCCAGAUGAGCGGCGGCAGCGCUUUCUGGAGCGCAACCGGGCCGCAGCCUCGCGCUGCCGUCAAAAGCGGAAGCUGUGGGUGUCCUCCCUAGAGAAGAAGGCUGAGGAACUCACGUCUCAGAACAUUCAGCUGAGUAAUGAAGUCACAUUACUACGCAAUGAGGUGGCUCAAUUGAAACAGCUGCUGUUAGCUCAUAAAGACUGCCCAGUCACAGCACUACAGAAAAAGACCCAGGGCUAUUUAGAAAGCCCCAAGGAAAGCUCAGAGCCAACGGGUUCUCCAGCCCCUGUGAUUCAGCACAGCUCAGCAACAGCCCCGAGCAAUGGCCUCAGCGUUCGCUCUGCAGCUGAAGCUGUGGCCACCUCAGUCCUCACUCAGAUGGCCAGCCAAAGGACAGAACUGAGCAUGCCCAUACAGUCGCAUGUGAUCAUGACCCCACAGUCUCAGUCUGCGGGCAGAUGAUGCCUCCCCUGGUGGAGAGGUCCCCAGCCAGAGCUCGCCCGCCCGAGAGCCAAGAGAGAUGUCAUCUUAUCCUCUCCCAUCUGCCUUGGACAUGGCAAUAUGGGGAGGAAAUUGUGUGUUGUGAGUAAUGGUCAGAUGUGGGGCUUUUCUCACAUGGUCAUUUACGUUGACACCUGUACUAGGAGCCUCCCAGCCCCAGAGCCACAUAGAUCAUACCCCAAGGGGGAAGUUUCUGAUGUACCCACAGCCAAAGGCCUUUCCCGAUGGUCCGAACAAUCAUCCCUGCCCAUGCACGUGUACCUGUCUCUUUUAACACUAACCCUUGUACUUCUAGGUUUCGGUUUCUCAGUUCCCUGUCUUUCCACCAAGCCAUGGCUAUUACCUUCUUGAUUCUUAGCAGCAUGCCACUUCCUGCUAGGUAGAGGGAGGCUAGAGUUGAUGGCAUAUCAAUGGCUCACCCAUCUCUAGCCACCCCAUGGACUCAGGACUUUGUCUCCCAGUAGCUGCUUAUUUAUCCCUUUUUCCCCUCGGUAAAUUCUAGUUAAAACAUUCACUUAUGGAGAAUGUAAGGUUACUUUUGAUGUAUGAAGUAGCAGUAUUUCCCAGCUCUUCCAUAAACUUUAGUCCUUCUCCCUACUUGCCACCAAAACAAAAACAGAGAAAUGAAACCUCAAACGGUCUAGUCCUUUCUCAUUUAUUUCCAGAGCUAUUUGGGUACCUCAUUUUAUGUCUUGAGUUUUCCCAGUCUAGUGGUGGGGUCGUUUCCACCUCCCACUAAGCCUUGGCAACCUCAUCUUGUGGCCUUAUUAGAUACUGUUUGGUAGUGAAAAGGGAAAGAGCCCAGGAUCUGACUGGCUGGUUCCCUUCCCAUCCCCGACUCCAUCCUCCUUCAGUUCUAAUCAUCAGGACAGGCAGGAACAAUGUAGUUUAAAGCUUGUUCCAUCAAGUUACUAGAUGGAUUCUUUUAUGUUUUACAAGAGUUUACUGGCCAAAGCAUACAUAUUGCUUUUGGUCAUCUUUCCACUCCUGCCUCUCCCUCUUCGUCCCCCUGCCUGCAUUCCUGCCUCUGUUUCUCUUCUAUAAUUAGUUCUGAUGCAGCCCUCUGGAAGCUGUCAUGUAGGGGACCCUUGUGCUCCCUCACCUCCCCUCGCCCGCCAUCUCUCAGUCUCACACAUCUUUCUUCUUUUCUGAGUGAGGGUCUGAUAUUCACAACUGGUCCUCACUGGAUCUACCUUCGCUCUCUUUCACUAGGCUCCGAGCCUAGCCACUAGGUCUCUCUGGUUCUGUAGCGUUCCUUUAACUCUUUUCUUCUCUCUGCCCCCUGGAUGCAAUGCUUCUCCAUAGUCUACGCCCCAGGACCCUGAGGCAUCAUAGCCGAGGUCCUGAGUGGGUUUUCUUGAGUAUAAGUUAGGAUGGGGGGAGGCACGGGAAGGGGAGGUGGAGCACUGAUGUCAGCAGAAGAGCCCUGCUUGUUGAAGAGUCUGACCUGCCUGGGAAAUUGGUGACUGUUGCUCUCAGCCAUUCUUACUUUGAAAAGUUGUGUUGCAGGGGGGAAAUUCAUCCCUCUUGUCCCUCUUUCUUCCCCAUUCAGACUCCUCAUCUUCCUUUGGCUCUGAACUAUGCAAUUUCUACCAAGGCCAUAGGAAGCAGUCCAAAGCCAGAGGCCUGUGGAUAGAUAGGUCAGCUUUAAUAGCCCUUCAGUAUGAAGCCCUUCCAAUUGUCCCAGAGCCACUUUCUGCCAUCUGCCCAAGCCAAUAAUGUCCUUUUCUCUCUCUCUCCUACCUCCAUCUUAUACAUGCAUACAAAGUAACUUCCUUAUUUUAUCUUCCAAAAUUGGCUAUCAUAGAGGAAUGAGGAAAUGUUCUAAGCUACAAGAUUCCCAUCUCCUCAGACUGAUAAAUUGGUGAGCCAGUCAGAGGACAUGUUCUACUGCAUUUGUUUUUAAUUUCCCCUCCUGCUUUUCAGAGCUGGUGUUGAAGAAGCCACACCUGGUGAAGAGAAAGGAGAGAAAACAUGGUUUUCUCAUCCUCCCCCACCCAGGACCCAACAGGAACAGCCCCUGAGGUGACUCAGACUAGCAAAUGGCACGGCAGAUGGUCAGGAUGCAGGUUACCACCUCCAGGGACUCCACUUGCCUUUAAAACUUCACAGCCAUAACUUGUGCUCAGGACUUUUCCUUUAGAUGGCUGCUCCCUGGGAUUUUCUCCUGCCUUAGUUGUGUUUCAUUUUUUGUUAUCUUUAUUUCCCACUUGUAGCCUUGCCCUAAAGCUUGACUGCGUUUAUGGCUCCUAAGGAGCCUUCAUAAGACCCUUGACUGUUUUUCUUCCCCCUUCGGUCAUGUGUUUUUCAAGUUAAGAAUCAGUUCGUCGCUGCACACAUGCCCUGCCUCACUGCUUGGUCUUGGAGGAAGUUUGAGUCCUGCCAGUCUGUCCCUGUGUAGGAUGGCUAAUUUAUGUAGAGGGUCUUAUUUAGUUUCUUAAUCCCCAUGUCUAAUUCUCUUGAGUCCUUAUUUCAGUUUCAUCAGUGGGAAGUUAGUAUUGGGGACCUAACUGAGAGGCACUGGCAGAACGUUAGUAGUAAAGCAGCAGUGAAAUGAGGAAGGAACACGACAGGACCUCCCCAACCCCAGACAGCUCUUUAGUUGGUCCUUGGUCUCACUAAGAAGGCAGAGCGAUUGCUUGCCCUUAAGUCUCUCCUAUAGUCAAGGGGAAUGACAUUUACCCUGUUAUUGCAGCCAGCUGUGUGGCCACUCUCCCCUGCUCCUUGCCCUCCAGAGUCCUUUGAACCAGAACAAACAUCAUGGAGGGUGUCACUUAGCUCUUUUUAAGGAACAUGGCCUUUCUAGGGGCCUAAGGGAAGACACUUUCUAAAAGGGACUGGGAAUGUGGAUGCCUUAGGACUCUUCUAAGUGAACACAGGACUCAGGCCUCCCACUUCACUCCAAGGACACAGCAGCUAGAGACCCAAGGCCAUAGAGAAAGGGGCCAGAACCAGGUCUUCUGGUCCACAGACUUAAUGCCCCAUUGUCUUAAAAGAAAGCUUGCUUAGAGUUGAAAAGUCUGAGAAAGCCUCCCACGCUAUUAGGAAGGACUAGAAAGAGUACAACCUCCUUUACUUCAUCUUUCCCUGUUGGUCGUACACCCAAAUCUGGCUUCCUUCGGCCUCUGCUCCUCUCCUUGGCCCUAAGUCCUAGACUGUAUACACUCUGGGUGGCAGUAAAAGAAGAGAUGGCCUAACUGAACCUCAUUUUGCUGCCUUCCCUGUGCCUGUUGCGUUGUUCCAGUUCCUUUGCCGACUUACUGCCCUCCAGCACCACCCAUCCUGGUAGACAGGGUGCUUAACCGUAACCACGCCCCAUCUACAGCCUGAACCACCAAGUAGACACCAAAAUAUUCCUCCUCUGGUUCCUAAGUCCCCCCCCCCCCCGUUUGCUCACACUGAGAGGCUCCUUUAAAGGUGCUAGCCCUAAGACAGCUCUUCCCCACAAAGUUCCCUCUUCUUUCCUUCCCAUCCCCAAAUCAUUAUUUUUCAUUAAUAUUGUACAUUGUAUACACAGGAAGGAAAUGUACUUUUUUUUUUUUUUUAAUGUCAUAACCAGUCUGUUUAGAAUCCAGUCCUCCUAGCUGUAUCACAUAUGCCUUUGUUGAUAUGCUCUUUCUGCUUUCUUUAGACUUUUGUUUGACUGGGGCGGAGGGAAGAGCAGGACAGGUGAGGAUCCUAAGGCAGAUUAGAGGCCCCCCAUCCUCCUUCAGCCUCCCGCAACCCUAAUCAUUCCCUUCAUAGUACAGACUGAUUUCUGUUUCUGUUUGCACACAUGCAGGUGCACACAGACAUAAAUCCUCACCAUCCCAGGGUGGUGACCCAGCAGGGAUGAGUGUAGGUGGUUGCUAGCCAACAUUCCCACCCUCCAUACCAGUUCAUUCGUGUCUCUUUGGGGUAAAGUUCUUCCCUGGAAUGAGAAAAGGCUGGGGAGAGUAGGGCAGCUUAAGGCAGCUUACAUCCUUUGUAGGUGCAGGUUUGUAUUGUAGCUGCUAGGGUUUCUCUUUUUAAUGGGGGCUGGUAGCACAGAGCUAUCUCAUCAGCAUUAACUACUGGUGAGUGAGGAUUUAGCUGUAAGAAAUGGCUUUGAGCACUAGUUUCAUUGACUUUCCCUUAGGGCAGUGGUUCUCAGAAUGUAGUCCAGGACCAGCAGGACCAUCAUCUGGGAACUUGUUAGAAAUGCACAUUCAGGCCCCAUCCCAGACAUACUGAAUCAGAAACUCUGGGGAUGGGCUCUAACAAGCACUCAAAGUGAUUCUAACACACACUAAAGUUUGAGAACCAUUGCCUUAGGGGCAAGCUGGGAAAUUCUUACAGGGUAUCAAGGAUAUUUUAAGUACCAUCUUCUACCUUAGCACUAGCAUGUUUUUCCAUUUCCUCCAGUCCCUCCCUCCACUCCCAUUAAAACAACAACAACGUCACUCAUCUCAAAAUCUAGGUUUGUCUUCCUCUGCUUACUCCUAAAACCUGUCCUGCGUGGGUCUGGACAGGAGUUGUCCCAUAUUCCCUUGCAGACUGGUCACUCCAUGUUCUUUGUUACAGGAAGGACCGGCUGUCCUGUUCUCCCACUCACCCCGCCCCCAACACACACCUUUCAGGCAGGGAGAUGAGCCUUCAGCCCCAACAGUGGAGGCUACAGCCUCCUGACAUGGUAUCUGUUGAAAAGCUGUGUGUACCUAUGGUUAUAUCUCUGUUCAUCUGUAUAUCUUGACAUGUAGCAACACCUCUCCAUGUCAUCAAGGAACUUGACUCUGGGUCUGGGUUUCCCCAGUCCCCAGUGGUGGACUUUGACAGGUGGGAGGAUGCAGUGCUACAGGCUGUUUUGUUAUGAAACUGUCUUCUCCCUUUCCCUCCACGCACUUCAGCAUGAUCCCUGUGAGCAGGCUCUCACAGUCUCCUGGGACGGGGCUGAGGCAGAGACUUCGCUCUAUUCUCCCUGACCGUCCCUCCUCCUUCCCCCUUGCCACAUAGCAGUUAUCCCCCAGCCAUGCCUUCUCCCCUCUCCCUUGCCCUGACAUAUAUUGUGCCUUAUUUAUGCUGCAAAUAUAACAUUAAACUAUCAAGAGAAGCACUGUUCCGUCUGAUGUUUCAGUACCCUGAUCUGCAAGUCCCAUUGUCCAUUCUUUCUGGGAAUUCAUUGGGCUUUCAUGUCUGCGAUCUUCACUCUUCCAUUUCUUAGGACAGAAACAGCUGGCAUUCUUAUCGCUCCUUUUUAUGCAGGGGAAGACACAGCCUAGGGGAGGUGGGUGGUUUGUAUAAAUUAUGUAACACAACAGAAGGCUCAGAUCUGUGCACUGCCCUUAGGGACAAGGGCCCUUGACAUCAUGGGAGCCCUCACUAGAGAACUUGUGUGCUUUGCAUGGAUGGGGCUCGGAGGGCGGUGGAAGGCAAGUGGCCUCUUAACCUUUCAGUGUUAUGUCCCCCACGCCCGCAAUUAAAAAAUAAUAAGCCCUACCCUCAAGAAGUUUCCAGCAUGCCUGGGGAGUGCACUUAGACGCAGACAGAAGGAGAAGUGCUCUAUGAUUCUAUGAGUUCUAUGUGUGUGGGGAGGAGGGGAGUCUGGAAAUGAGAGGCGGAGUUUAUUUAUAAACAGGCAAGAUAGUUUACAAGGAAAACAAACAGGUAGUGCUCAGGAACUAUGGGGAGGUGUGGGGCAGUCACUUCUAAUUUCUUGCAUCUGUGUAUUCCUUGAUACCACAAGUGAGGAGGGUUACCAGGCUAAAGAACUUGACCAGGAGAUAGCCGGGUACCUCUGAGGGGUUUCCAAUAGGAGAGAGGAGAUUUACAUGCUGUUUGUGGCUGGUGUUUGGUAUAAUUGACACAAACAGGGAGCUCCAGUCUCCUCUGGGGAGCGGGAAAGGCAGUGGUGGUCUUCAUUGUGGUCAGGAGCACAUGAGAGUCCAGAGAACAGUAAAGGAAGUUGCUGAAAGCCAAACACCAAAACCAAGAUUGAGAGGUUUUGGAGGUGGGGAUGAGACUGAAGGGAGGACAGUUGUUUCCCAAGUUAAAAGAAUUAACCCAUUCCAACUUCUGGCCAAAGGAGAGACCCAUCACCUACAUCCAGGACACAGGAAGCAGCUAGACCAGCCCCUUUCUGAAUGCAGCCUCAGCUCAGAUCCACUCGUAACUGGCGAUCAGAGGGUAAACAUUUAUUGUGUGCCUGUUAUGUGCUAGGUGGAGUGCUAGAUGCUUUGCAUUCA